GUGCGAUUUCAAUGGCUUGUACGACGGUAUUACGUCGUGAUUAUCGAUUUUCAAUACUCGAUCGAAAGCUCUCCCUCUCGCACUCUGCGGCUUAGCGGCGUAACGAAUAUACGAGAUAUUUUAUUACUCGUAUACGUCGACAAGUGGAAGAUCGUGUCGCUGAAUGAUUAAGUAGAUUAAGUCCCGGUAAGGCAAAGCGUAUAUAAAAAUCUCUGUGCGCUCGAGAGAGUAGAUCGGUUAAGGGUAAGGUAAGACACUACGGCGAGAAAGAUGCGAACGGAUUGGGUUACGCGUGUGAGGUGUACAGUUUUCGAUACUUGUUUACUCGUUACACUCUGUAUGAUUUAUCAGUUCAUCCCUGCUACAUGGCGUACGAAUUUUCAAUAAAAAUACAUCGAGCUUAUCCAGCAAUGCAAAAGUCAUACCGGUCAUAACGCAAAUCACGGAGGAUAAUCCCCUCUCGCCGUCGGCUUUGUCUACGACGACCCGCGACUUCGAAGCACUCGCACAAUAGCUCAAAACAAGCCUCGAAGACGUACUCGAUUAAUCGCAUCACUCACUUUCGAAACCUUCAUGACGCAAGCGCCGUCGUUGUUCCCUUCAAAUUUCACCCCAACAAAAACAAAACCACACGUCACACCCCAGUUGCGCUCUUCACAACUAACACACAAAAUACACGUAUAAAUUUCAAGCAUUAGGUUCGCAUAUCGCCGCUAAUUUUUCCUCCCAACCGCGAGAGCUCCAACCGCCUCUCUCGCGCGCAAAAGAUCGUUAUAGAAUAAGAGCAUCAGCGGCAAUGAAAGCCGAUAGAAACAAAUGAUAUUGAGUGUCGGCGAGAAGACACGUGAUACUCUCUUCUUCUUUCUCUAUAUACUUAUACUCGCGCCGAUCGAUCGAUGAGAUCGAAAUAGGAUCGGCGGCUCUUUCCGUGCUGGAUCUAGACACUCGUAUAGGCAACGCGAUGACCGUGCGAGAUUUUUGCCCGAUCGAGAGUUCGAACUUCUCUUUCUCUUCUCUUUACGAGCAGCGGGAUAUGCUUUUUUUGUGCGGAGAGUCCAAAGAAGGGGGGCGAGAUGAUCGAGUCAGCUCGUGCGCUCUUUUUUGCUGUCAACGGGUCGGCUGCGCUCUCUGGUCUUGUUUUCAGCGGAGCGGAAUCGUUUGGCGAAGAAAAAGUUUGGAUAUUUUCGAGCUUCAGAAAAGAUUCGAAUUCUCAUAGGAUUAAUCAAUAAUUAAUAGAGCGAUCGAGCCGAUUCGAAGCUUCUUUUUCUGAUAGCGACGAGACCAACGAUAAGUCGAGUCGUUAUAUUGUAAACAGAAGCUCUUUUAAACGCUUGUAUAAUCCUAAUAAAAUCUCCAUUAAAAUUGAAUACCAUCAGCACUAGAGACGCGUAACAAUAAAUUUGCAUACCAGACCGGACGAUUAAAAGCUCAUCGACGCCUCUUCCAUUCUCAUUACGGCUAUACGAGUACCGAAUACACUACACGCUCGAAAAGCGAUUUUUUUCCCCCUCAAGCCACCUAUGCACAACAAAAAUAUCUUACGUGCUGCAGCGUUACGUGCAUGCAUAAUAAUCAGGUAUGGCAACCGCACGCGUAAUUAUCAUGGCUCUUUGCACGCGCGCUCGCGACCUUUUGCACGCCUUGGAUUCGAUAAAUCAUUAUCGGAAUCAACUUUUUUCCCCGCAUAUUCUCUCCCUCUAUUCUGUAACGGCGAGUUUAUGUAAGUAGUCGCGAUACAUAUGUCGUGCAAUUAUACAUAUAUACGAGUGCGACACGUGUGUUAUUUUUGCCCUCGAGAAGAAUCCAUUAGCAUUUAUGUUUACGAAGACUCGGCGGGUAGGACAUGUAACGUAACGAGAGUCGCUUCGAUAUGCUUUGCUGAAAUUAUUAAUUCUCACGAAAAGCUUUGUCGCAAUGGUUCAAGCCCCCCCUGAAUCGGUAUCGCGCUCCGGAGUUUCGUCACUGCGCCGGAGGCAAACAAACCGCCGUCGAAAAAGUGUGUAAAAACAAGCUUGUCGAAUGUAUAGAGUAUAUAGCCGGAGAAAUGAUACUUCGAGAUGAGCAGUGUACGGAUGCAUCGAGAGAGGAGGAGUUAUCGGGGAUAUGUGUAGUGCCAUGGUUUCCCCUGAUAAGCUCAUAUUGUACGUAAAUAUUGAGAAACGUCUAUAGUGCUUGCACGCGACGAUCACAAUAUUUCGUUUCUUUAUCGUCCGCAAGCCUAUAUACAUUAGCGGGUUUUUUUUUUUUAACUGAUAAUUCCACGAGGAAAUUGAAUUAAAAUGGGCGGACGAUAUAGCUUCGGAUGUGUUGUAUUAUCGCGACUUUUUUGUACGGAUUAUAUAGAUAAGAGUAAUCCGAACGAAGUGUGCGAAUGGCGUCUCUUACGUCGUUAUAUAGAAGCUAAGUGUAUGUAGUAUAUAAAUACGACUAGAAUUCGUUUUGAAAGCGGCUAACUUUUGACGCGCAAGAUCAAAAUCUGUCGUGAUCUUUAUUUCACAAUUAUAUUCGGACGAGAAAAAGUCAGUAAAAGCGCGCGAGCCGCAAGGAAAAAGGCGUGUAUAAACGUGCGGCACUUCGAAUUGGGUCGCUCGCUCUUUAUACGCGCCUUUUUCCUUCUCUCACUGUGUCCGCUCUGCCCGUGCGUGUUUUUUCUCCCUCCUUUUCCACGACUUUUUUCCGAGCCGCGAAUCGAAAAAAUGAACUUGACAUUCUUCGAGAGCGAUUGCAGCUGUUCACGCGCGCUGCAAAUGUGACGGAACGCCAUCGUUCGAUUUUUUUUUUUUCUUAACUCGUGUACUGUCGAACCUGCCGAUCGAGUAAGCUGCCUUUUUUAAUAUUAAUCGGAUUAUAACAGCGUCGCGUCGAAAAGCUAAAUCCUUGCCUUGAAAGCCAGACCGCCGAAGCGUUCGAAAAUGCAAACUUUCCCGCGUUGAAAGCUCGACGAAGACAGAACUGUGAUUUUUUCUCUUUGCCCAGCUACUGUAAUUGCAAGGAUUAGCACGUAUACGAUUGAAGGACGCGCGCUUGUCUGUAUAAUCACGCUUCUCGGCUAUUUUUGCAUAUUUUAUAAACGCUUGCGAGGGAGAUCGACGCAGCUUUCCUACAGUUGCGCGGUUCAGUCGGACUUUCGACGUUUAAGUGGUAAAAGCUUCGCUCUGCUCUCCUGCGCCCUCGGUAUCCACGCACACUCAUUGUUGAGCAGGUGUCCGACGAGCUUUUCCACAUUUUCCCGUGAGUAUUUAUUCUACCGAUUAACGGUCCAGCCCACGUACCGAUUUUUUCCACUUCCGAUCGGUGUGUAUACGCCUACGCACAGUGAAAAUCGAGUGUAUGAAGGAAAAAAAGUAAAAGCGAUCGAGGCGAUGUGCGCUCGAGCGGACAGUUUCCAUUUUCAAUUUCCAGACCGCGAGCUCACGAAAGCGAGAACGUGCAGCGCGCGCUCGUGUUAUUGAUCUUUUGGGUAUAGACGAUCGUUGUGGAGCGGAUCGCUUAGUUUUUUUAGGUUACUCGCUAUAUAUAUAUACCUUCUGUUCUUAAUUAAUACAGAACUUUUUUGCUCGACCGCAAAUCGCCUACAAUUAUAAAGUCGAGAAAUUUUCAGAAACGAUCUUCCGCGAUCCAACGUACCAGGUAAACUCUUUUAUAAACUCGCGAUCCAGUUUUGAGAAAAUCGCGUCAGAAGGCGCAAUCUCCAAGCUUUCCAUCGAGUAUAUUCCACAAAUUACCCACCGACCUUUCCUCCACACGUCGAGUCGAUGACGCGGGCGAUUUCGAAGAUCUGCUUAUUCGCGUCGGUCAAUUACAUACUUAUGCGUCUGACUCACAUAUGUGUCGAGAUUCCGAAACCGAAAGGAAAAUCCUCGCGACGAGUUCAACGUUCCUCGCGACGCGUCUCUUCGUAUAAGUAGACAAAGUGUGGCAUUAUAUUGUGCAGCUGUGAGAAACGGUUGUUCGGAGCUCGAGUAAAAAGUGCACACUCUCGUUUUUUUCUCUCUUCAUAUUAUAUGCAUCGAAUCGUUUACGAGCAUAUCACCUUCGUUAUCACGGAUCUCCCUCGAAGCCGAAGACACAUGACGCAAAAAAAAAAGAAAACGUCUUUCAUUAAUCGUCCAUUAAUCAACUCCUGAUAAAUCAGCGCUCAAUACCUUCUUCCAAGAGCUAACCGGCGACGCGCAUCUCCAUAAAAUGUUUAACGAGCGAGUGUAAAACCCGUGAAACUCGACGCGAACUCCUUGAUCCUUUUUUAGAAUAACAAUGAGUACACGCGCGUGCAGUAUAUCCCCUAUAUCUGACGAAAUCCUCCGCUAGGCUUUCAUCAUAUAAUCGCGGCGGUGUAAUGUAAUCGAUAUCAUCCGCGAAAAUUCUCGCGGUCAGCCAUCAGACCGAUAGAUUCGCACUGAUGCAACUGGACGAAUUCAACGAUCACGCGUACACACCAGCACAAUAUCUGGGAUAUAGACUCCAAGGCUGAGAAAAAGCUCUCCCCAUGGAUCGGAGCAAAACGCGAUAACCUCGUCUUCUUUUCUUCGGACUAAGGCUUGCGCAAGUCGCGAGGAUUUUAUGUCGAUUGGCUGCAUUAUUCUCUUCGCGCUCAAUUAAUAGGAUCGGUGCAUCUCUCUGGCAGCGGCGACGCGGGUUAUUAGGUAACGUUUAUGGACUGAUGAAUUUGUUGUCCGUUGCGAUAUCUUGGAGAGCGCAGAGAGUCGUUGUAUAAGUGAGAAUAAAUUUUAUUAUUUUUUUCUGCCUCUUCUUCUUUGAGUGAAGUGUACAGUACUCGCGCGCGGGAUGUUACGUAUUGUGCGUGUAUGCCUGUUUUCAAAAUACUCAGAUAUUCCAGGUUUUUUUUUCUCCUUUUCUCUUUGGAACACGUGUAAUUAGCUGAUCAAAGCUCUUCCAAUGAUAUAGAGGCGAUAAGUAUGCGAUAGAGAGAGAGAGAGAGAGAGAGGAGUAUGAUAUUAAGGUUCUAUUACUCGGGAAUGUUGUCACCCGUUUUUCAGAUUCAAUGGAUACGCGUUUAUUUUGUAAUUAACGCUUUUCUUACGUGAGGUCUUCUACCUGCUAAUUUGCUGCGUACAUUGAUGCAACCUGAUCAUUCUUUUAUGUGAUAAAAGGACGUUUAGAUCUAUAUGUGCUAGAUUACGGGUUGUCUUGUAAGACAUCGCGGCGAUGGUAGUAGAAGAUUGGACAUUUUUAUUUCGGUCUAAUGUAAGUGUUAAUCGAAUAUAAGGAUCUUUUUAUCGGAUGGAUCGAGAAUAGAACGUUAAAGAAUCAGCAAUGAUAAUUAGCCGAGAAAUAUGGUAAUGAAAUGAUCGAGAAAAAAUGUAUCUGAAUCCUGGUAAAAUUUAGGUAUUACACAGAUCGAACUACACUUUCAAAAGCAUUUCACAUCGAUCCCCCUCGAAAAUGGCAAAAUCCAACCCUCGGUCCAAAUCCCGCAAUAUAUAACACCUAUACGUAUAAAUACACCCUUUCAGCAAAGCAUCGUUUCUUUUCUCCAGCGGCACCACUUCCUCCUCCCCCCGAUCGCAGCAUAGAUUUUUCGAGCCACCUCUCCGCGCGGAGCGCAUGCACGGAACAGGAGCGAGAGACAGAUACAUGCAUACACACAUAUAGUACAACACACGCCAGCUCCACCUCUACUAGGCGCGCUCGAGUCCAGCCUCUCUAGCCUCAGUCGCAGCGCGUCACUCCGGCGAGCGACAACGCGCUUGACCGCUCGCGUCUUUUUAAACUCUCGUCUCUCACUUGUAAACCUUUCGUUCUCCGCCCUCGACAGGUCUGUACUCUACUGCUGUUUUUUUGUUUUUUUUUUUUUUUCUAAAACCUCGCGUGUGUGUAGGUGGAAUCGUUUUUGAGAGAUAUCGUGUUCGUUUCCUUUAUACACCUGUACCUGAAUUUUUGGAAUUUUAAUUCGUUCGUAAAAAAACAAGAGGUUGCACGCCAGCAGAGCAAUAGAGGGUGUGUAUAGUACAAUAACAAUCGACAAGCUAUAUCGAAGAUGAACGGAGUAGUGCGAAACCAGGAGGAGAGCAAGAGCAGCUCGGAGUCGAAGAAGUCCUGUCCCUGUCCGUUGCGCAACGUCUCCUGGGGCGAAAACGCCGCGGCUGGAAGCGUCGACGAAGAGACUCCCAGAACACCCAGGACAUCCACUACGCCAGGUCACGAGAAGUGCACGUUCCAUCACGACAUGGAACUGGACCAUAGGCCACCGACCCGCGAGGCUCUGCUGCCCCAGAUGUCCCACAGUUACAAGCUCCUGUUGCAGGCGCUCGGCGAGAACACCGAGAGACAGGGUCUGCUCAAGACGCCCGAGAGGGCUGCCAAGGCUAUGCUGUUCUUCACCAAGGGCUACGAUCAGAGUCUCGAGGAUGUCUUGAACGACGCCAUAUUCGACGAGGAUCAUGACGAGAUGGUCCUCGUGAAGGACAUCGAGAUGUUUUCCAUGUGCGAGCACCACCUCGUGCCGUUCUACGGUAAGGUCUCCAUCGGCUACUUGCCCUGCAAGAAGAUCCUGGGACUGAGCAAACUUGCAAGAAUCGUCGAGAUAUACAGCAGACGAGUGCAGGUACAGGAACGUCUGACGAAGCAGAUCGCCGAGGCUGUGACCAAAGCUAUCGCGCCGGCUGGUGUUGCCGUGGUCGUCGAAGGAGUGCACAUGUGCAUGGUCAUGCGAGGCGUACAGAAGAUCAACAGCAAGACGAUCACCUCGACUAUGCUCGGCGUUUUCCGCGACGAUCCCAAGACCCGCGAGGAGUUCCUCAACCUCGUGCGUGCGAAGUAAAAGGUUUACUGAUUAUUGUGAGUAGAAUGCGAUGAAGAAUGAAUAGGGAACAACACGCGUGAAAGCUCCGGAGUAUGUGUGUGAAAGACGAGGCAAAUUAUUAACUGAUGAAGAAUCAUCAAAACUCUUGGCUGCUUUUUGACUCGAGACAAUACUGCCGAAUCCUUCGCUAUAAUUAUUAGUGGAAAUAGUUGACAUUACGUUUUAGGUUUUUCUUUGAAUCAACUUUUAAGAUUAAUUUUUCAAACUUUAUAUUAUAUUCGCGCAGAACAAAAGUUAAUUGGUGUAAAUAUAAAAAAAGAAGGACUCGAAAUCGGUCGGCGGCACAAAUUGUUUAGAAAUUGAAUUGAACAAAGGGAAGCAAUCGCAUUAGUUUAUAUUUUAGAUAAAUUUGAUUAUUUUCAAUGCUGCGUUUCGCUGAAAGUUGUGCCGCUGACGACACAAUAAUCCAAAUAAUUAUAUAUUAUAAAUAAAUGAUAUUUUUAUAAAAUUAAUUGUAUAAAAAAGAGUAUAUAGAAAAUACAUAGGGGAGUGUCGUUCAGCGCAAUCAACGCUAUCUGUCUGUUUUUAUCAGUAAUUAAUUUGGAUUGGUCGAUCGAUCGACUUUUGUUUUAUUUCAUAGUUACGCGCCAAGGAACAAAUAUUUUUUUAUUUUAUAACGUACAAAAUAUAACUAAAAUUUUUAUGGUAUUCCGUACUGCACGACUUUCCCCUAUUGUAUAAAAACACAGUUGUAUUGUGUGAGAGACAAUUCCUUCGCCAGGCGUUUCAGCCAUGCGUCUAGUGAAGAGAGAUUUAUGAUAUUUUAACAAUGCAUGUUAUGCAAAUUUUGAAAGAUAUAUAUAUAUAUAUAUAGUUGAACAAAAAAUCCAUAAGCAAAAUUUAAAAAAGUACAUGUUUAAACCAAUUGGCAUAUACAUGCAGAUUUAACAUGUAUUUAUUUAUAUAUGCUUCCAGAGUAAAUCUAAUAUAUUAAGUACACAAGCAAACAAAUUUCAUAAAAUAUACAAAUAUUACGUAACUUGCGUAUAUGUAUAUUAGAUGCCAAAUUGUAUGCUCGUUUCAACAACUCGAUUACGCCGGUUAAUUGCUUAUGUCGUAUAUUAUGACGUUUGAGACAUUGUGAAAAUUCUGGCGCCUAUUAUAUUACUUCUGAUUUCCAAAAUUAUCUAUUAUCGGUGAAUAGCGAUGAAUGAUUAGCCUCAUAAUUAUAUGAGACUGCGGUCUCAUUCGAACGAGAAAAUUGGUAUAGAAUAUGUACAUACAAUGAAAACAACAUUGUUUCACGUUGCAUAUUGAUGAAUAUAUACAAUGUGUAUAUGAAUAUAUGAAUGUAUACAAUGUGCGUAUAAAAAGUGAACUAUCGCUUUUAACGAGAAUUCAAUGUCUAUAUGCAACUCCUAUACUAAGAAGCAAAAUGUUAUAAACAGUGAGCAAAAAGAAAGGAUACAAAAACAGCUUUUGACGUCUGUUACUUAAUCUACAAUGUGAGCUCGAUUUAUACUCGAGUUUUUUUUUUUAUAAUAAAAACGAAAAAAGUAAACAGGUGAUAAAGUUUAGUGAAGGCUUCUGUUUGAAAGCGUACCAAAAUCAAGCGUAAGCGAGACUUAAUAUUUUAUGGCCUUUUGUAUACCUAUAGAUAUACAUUCAUAUAUAGAUUUAUAUUUGAUAUUGCUACAAUGACUUUACAACCAAUUUCCAUGUACUAAAGUAAUAUCUCUCAGUACCAAACUAUACGUAUACACGAUUUUUAAAAAAGCAGUCGUAAUUUGUAUAAAAGUUAAUCAACAAAAAAUUUACAGAAGGCCACAUUUUAUUAUUUAUUUCUCGUUGCGUACAUCGAAUGUCUUGGAGUAGCACUAUAAGCUCCAAUAAAGUGACGCGCGUUGCCCAACGCGUACCUACAUAGAAAAAAAGGAGACGAAGAAGAAAAAAAAGAAGCGAAAGGACGAAGGCGUUCUCGUCUGUGUGCGUUUACGCGAUCGAUUAUAAAGUGCGGCGAAACGCACAGUAAUUCAGCCACUUACUGUGCCUUGCCAAUGCACUAUGUAUUGCAUACGUUAUAUACGCACACAUUUCAAAUGAGAUUCAAAGUUGAUAGCUCUUUGUGAUUAAAGAUUAUGAUAUUUAAAAGCAUGAAAUGAUAUAAGAUUUUCGAUCAUUUUUUUGUAAUAUCAACUUUGAAAUCCACACUGAAAGUAGAAAAGAAUUGUUAGUUACAUUCCACUAUAUUGAAAUGUUUAAGAAAAUGACCAAUCGUGAAACUGUAGUAGCGAUUAUUGCGGACAUUUUUAUUCUUAUUUAACGUUGGAUCAUUGAAUGAAAACCACUAUUUUGAAUAUACUUAUAAAUUGAACGAUAAAGCUUAUUUUUCUGUCCAAUUUUGGAUUGGUUUUCUACUACGUUAUAUGCUUACAUAUUGUAUUUAAGGGAAUAUUGCAAUAACAGUAGUUUAGCAAUUUAAUUUAUUAUAACAUCGACCGUUUGUUCGGAACGUUGAUUUAUAAUAAUUAUUAAUUAUUAUUAUUACGCUCUCUAACAAUUGUACAUAGCAGAAAUGAAUCUCUUAAUAUGCAUUCUUUGUUCAGUAGGUAAUUGUUUUCUUUUAGUAUUCUUAGGUUUGUUAGUAAGCCGUUCGCAUUGUAUCGGUUUUUUUAUCGUCGUUUUGUUCAAUUUUCCUUUGAACGUGGAAAAAUUGUAAUGCCACGCGUUAAACCGAACGAUUUCGUGGGGACUUUAAGCGAUUACUUAUUCUGCCGUUAAUCUAUACUUUCUUUUUGUUUUUAAUAUUUACAACGACAAGAAUGUAUCCAGCGAUGAUAUAUCUAUGUGCAACUCUAUCGACAACCAUAUGCCUUCUUCACUAAAGAUUGCGUACGUGUUACUAGAUUGUUUUCGCACUGCACCCAAGGAUGUAAAAUUUCAAUGUUAAAAAUAUUUUUCUGAUAUAUUAUAUAGUUUUAUUAUAUUUUGAAAAAAA